GGCCCUUCCGGCCCCGCCGCCCCGCGUGCGCCCGGCGGGAGAUGCGGCCGCUCACGGAGGCGGAGACGCGGGCGGUGUUCGAGAAGCUCGGGAAAUACAUCGGUGAGAACAUCCAGCUGCUGGUGGACCGGCCCGAUGGUACCUACUGCUUCCGCCUGCACCGGGACCGCGUGUACUACCUCAGUGAGAAGUUGCUGAAGCUGGCGGCCAGUGUCCCCCGAGACAGCCUGGUAGCCCCGGGCACCUGCUUCGGGAAGUUCACCAAGUCCCAGAAGUUCCGGCUCAGCGUCACGGCCCUGGACUUCCUCGCGCCCUACGCCAAGUACAAGGUGUGGGUGAAGCCUGGCUCAGAGCAGUCCUUCCUCUAUGGCAACCACGUGCUGAAGUCGGGGCUGGGCCGCAUCACGGAGAACACGGCGCAGUACCAGGGUGUGGUGGUGUAUUCCAUGGCUGACGUCCCGCUGGGUUUUGGGGUGGCUGCCAAGUCCACACAGGAGUGCCGGAAGGUGGAUCCCUUGGCCAUUGUGGUGUUCCACCAAGCCGACGUCGGAGAGUAUGUGCGGAACGAGGACACACUGACCUAAGGGAUUCCACGGACCUGAAGAGACCCUGAGCAGAAUGGACCUUGCCCUGGACCAUGGGUCUGGGGAGCCACAGGGAGCCCAUCCCAAGUGGGAGGGAGAGGGGCUGCCAGUAUGCAGCCCCACAGCCCUGGGGGAGCUGCUGCCAGCAUGGGGGAAGGUGCCCCUGCACCAGCCUUGUCACAUAAAGCCUGUUCCUUUUCCCAGUG